UGUGAGCGCUGAAUGCGUUUCUAUGCGAGUGUGUGUGUGUGUGUGUGUGUGUGUGAUCGCUGGGUGGAGCAGCAGUGUACGGCAGGUCUCGUCUCGUCUCUCAUUGCGGCGGCUGGAGAUCAUCGAGCGGCGGCGGAAUGUCGCUCCGCUGUCCGUGUGCGUGAAGAGCAGGAGGAAGACGAGGAGGAGGAGGUGGAGGAAGAUGAUGGAGGAAUCCGACAGCAUCCCCUGCUCCGCGGAGGACGGACUCCUGUCGAGCUGGAGAUGGAACAGAACCGCCAGGGACCAGGUCCAGAUCAAGCAGAAGAUCCGAGAUCUGCCCGGAUUGUUAAAGCACGGACUGAACCUGCGCAAAAAGAGCCAGUCACCUGACACCAUCCCAGGACCCAGCACAGGUGUCACACCCAAACCCAAGACGUGUUCUCAGAGUUUUCCCUGCGCUGGACGUGCGCUGAGAAACGCCUUUCUGUCUCAUGGACCGUAUCCAGCUAAAGACAAGAUCCACCUGGCCAGGAUCAUCAGGAGGAGUUAUGUGGGUGUGGAGCUGGUCCAGUGGCUGCUGGAGCAGUGUGUGUCGGUUCAGUGCAGGUUAAUGGCGUCUCGUGUCUGGCAGGUUCUGCUGGAGCUGGGGAUCCUGCACUCAGUCGACCAGCGGCUGGUGUUUGAAGACUCCAACACAUAUUAUCAGUUCUCGUUCGAGGAGUGUGACGCUCAGGGCUGUGAAUUUCGCAGCGAGGAGGAAUGGCAGAACGGCGUCCGUCUUCUGCUGCAGCUCGUCCCUUACGUCCAGUUCAGGGUCGUCAGCCCACCUGAGGAAGACCCGGACAGAAAGCGUGAUAUGUGCAGUGAGAUCCUGCAGAUGAAGGCUCUGGAGAGACUCACGUCCACAGUGCAGAAUGAACUCGCCGCUGCUCUUGCCAGGAAAGCCAAGAAGUCAAUGUCAGAAGACGAAAGCUCGGAGGCGUCAGACGCUUCUCCUCAAGAAGCGCCGAAACCCACUGAACCCAGCAAGCAGGCGGGCGUCUGUGCUCUCCGGGCUCCGGAGGACUUCUCUCGGCUGGAGGUGGUCCAGCGGCUGGCCAAAGACGGCUAUCGCUUCCUCCAGAACCAGAACUACCGGCUCCCGGACCGCUCCGCUCAGGCGCAGGGCGAGGGCGUCGUACGAGUCUGUCUGAAAGAGCGGGGUCAAGACGUGCUGGUUCUCCAGAGAGUCCCAUCAGAUCCAGCGUCUCCUCAAACGGCUGGAGUCAAAGACGAGGACAGUGAUAAGAGGUAUGUGGUGGUGUCCGGGACGCCCCAGAAGAUCCUGGAGCACCUGCUGAGCGACCUGCGUCUGGACGAGCUGCAGGGGGCGACGGAGAGCAAAGAGACGGAAAUGCUCCUGGAUGACUUCCUGUUGACGUAUCUGGUGUUCAUGUCCACCAGUGAGCUCUGCCAGGCACUGCUGGGACACUACUGCACGAAGCGCUGUCGGGGGAAGGAGGAGGGGAAGGAGGCUCUCUACAGGAAGAGGAAGGUACUGCACCUGGUGUCUCAGUGGAGCACGCUGUACAAGGACUUCCUGCGAGAGGAGGAGAACGUCAAGCCCUUCAUGAAGACGCUGUAUCGAUACGUGCUGGAAGACGUGUACGAGUUCCCCUCGCUGGAGAAAGACCUGAAGGAGUUCCAGAAACUACUGCGACGGAGACAUACGAUGGACGACUAUUCUCCACACCAAAAGAGUAAAGCGCUGUACCAGCAGCUGAGUCUGAAGGAGAACUGUGUUCCUCUCCGAGCGUCUCCCGUCGAGAGCAAAGACGUGAUGUGCCGUGUGUAUGUGAGCUGUGAUUCGUAUCUGAGCGUGCGGGUGAAGCCUACAGUCGUGGCUCAGGAGCUGCUGCACAUCGUCUCUCAGCGGAUGGAGCGAUGCGAGGACGACAUGAUGCUGCUGGCACAGACCUACAGCGGAGAGAAGCGUGUUCUUCAGCCUCAUGACAGUAUUUACUCCGAGUCUCUGACGGCCCCCAGCAGACUGAUCGCCUGCCGCAGAGACCUCAGCGAGAUCCUGCCGCCGCUCACCGAGUGUCCAGAUCUGGGACAGAAGCCCGUCAGACUGCUGGGGAUCAACACGUGGGACGUCGCUGUGGCUCUGACCAACUUCGACUGGAAUCUCUUCAACUCCAUCCACGAGCAAGAGCUGAUCUUCUACACGUUCAGCGGUCAGGCGAGCAGUGUCCACACGGUGGCGCUGGAGCAGCUGCUGCAGCGCUGUAAUGAGGUCCAGCAGUGGGUGAUGUCUGAGGUGCUGCUCUGUCCAUCACUCAGUAAACGAGUGCAGCUCCUCAAGAAGUUCAUCAAGAUCGCUGCACACUGUAAAGCGCAGAGGAACCUCAACUCCUCGUUUGCGAUCAUCAUGGGGUUAAACACGGCGGCGGUCAGCCGUCUGAACCAGACCUGGGAGAAAGUUCCUGGAAAGUUCAAGAAGCUGUUCUCUGAGCUGGAGCUGCUGACUGAUCCGUCCAUGAAUCACAAAGCUUACAGAGACGCUUUCAAGAAGAUGAAGCCGCCCAAGAUCCCCUUCAUGCCUCUGCUGCUCAAAGAUAUCACCUUCAUCCACGAGGGGAACAAAACAUUUCACGAUAAUCUGGUCAACUUUGAGAAGCUGCACAUGAUCGCUGAUACGGUCCGACUCAUUCGUCACUGCCAGACGGAUCAGACAGGGAACGAGCUCUCUCCGUCAGACAGUCCUGAGGUGCGCUCCAGCAUCCAUUACCUGCACAUCAUCGACAAUCAGCAGACGCUGUUCGAGCUGUCGCACAGACUGGAGCCGCGAGUCUGAGACACAGAAGAGCGCCGCCUGCUGGACAGAUUCAGACUGAAUCAGUGACUCUCUCAGAGCCCAGCGAAUCAGUACAGACACCACCACUAAACACCGUUCUCAAUGUAAAAAAUCACUGGUGGUCCAUGAACGCUUUUUCCUGUCCGGGGGAGAAAGUGUGAACUUUUCAGCAUUGUUUUGUUGAAAUGCAGUUGUCAAUGUUAUUUAACUUCUACCAGCAACUCUGGACCAUAUUUAUAUAUAAAUAUAUAAUUUAAUACUUCAGAUUGUUAGGGCUGGGCGAUAUGAUCAUAAAAUAAUAUAUUACAAAUAAUAUAAAAUUUUUAAAAAAGCUAUUCAAUUUUAUUAUGUAAUUUUUCAGCCUUUCGGCCAUGUUUAGUGUAUAUUAAUAUUUAUAUAUUUGGAGUUAAAGGCUGAUUUAUUUUAGUCAAUUUCAACCAAUUUGUUUUAAAAUUUAUAAUUCAAGAUUAAAAAUACAGUAAAAAUCAUGUGAACACAAGAACUGAUAUAAACAGCUUUAUUAACACAAAAAAUAAUUGAAUCAUUUGAACUGAUUCAUGAAAUCGAAAAAGACUUGCUUUUUUUUAGGUCUGAAGUUCAAGUCAGAAACGUGAUUGCUAAAUUAUAUAAUCACACUGUUGUUUCAGUCUAUGAAUACUAUGAUAUUUUGUAAACACAAAAUCAAGUAUAACACGCGAACGAGUCAUUGAAUCAUUUGAAUCGAUUCAUUGAAACAGAUGGUUUGAACAACCAAAGUUCAAAUCAAAAACAUAGUGGCCAAAAUAAAAUCAUCACAACAUUGCUUCAGUCUUUAAAUAUACAAUAUUUUGUAAACACAAGUGGAAAUAUAACACACGCAAACAAACAAAUCACUGAAUCAUCUGAAUCGAUUCAUCCAAGAAAUGAUUCAUGGAAAUAAAUCAGAUUUAUUUGCUUUUCACUGCUACUGAAGUUCAAAUAAACUUAAUGGCCAUAAAAACCAUCCAUUUAUGUAUAAAUUAUAUUUUGUAAAUACAUAAAACAAAUAUAAUCUGCAAACGAAUCACUGAAUCAUUUGAAUCAAUUCACUGAAACUGAAAGUUUGAACCGAUGGAAAUGAAUCAAACUCACACGUUAGUUCAAAUCACAAACAUAGAGGUGAAAUAACAUCACAGUGUUGCUUCAUUUUAUAAAUGUAUGAUGUUUUCUAACCAGAGUAUAUAUCGCCCGGCCCUACCUUAUGAACGGAGAGUGAAGGAACAAACACACCGGUGUCAAAGGUCAUGACGAUGAUGUCAUAUAGAGCCAAGCGCUGGCUUCACACUGAAUCGUGUUCUUGUGAUUUUCUUCGAUGUUUGAUAUUGGACAUGCAGUGACGUUCCUGUGAGCCGACAGUAUUAUUUCCUCCGAGCCGAGGCUCUUGAAGAUGUUCGUUUCGUGGAGUUUUUGCCCUUCACUCGCUCGCAGUGCUGAAGCUCAUGCAUGCAUACUGUAUUUGCACUUACAUCUCUGUUUGUACAUGAUCGUGUAAGAAUGUAGAUACCUGUAAAGAAAUGUGGUUUCUGUGCCAAGCACGAUUAUGGGAGAGCGAUGCAAUACGAGGAGAUUUGAAUCUUGUCCAGUGUUUUCUACAAGCCUUUAGCUGCAGAUAUGAACCCAUGGAUCUGAGCUGUUCCUGAUUAAAUGGGGAUUGUGGGUUUGUAAUCGAUCAGCUCGGGAAAGCCUGAGUUUUAGACCAUAUCUGAACUUCAUCAGUUUCUUCACUGCCACACACACACACACACACACACACAUUCGCCUGAAUGUGCUGCGACUGAACACACACUGCUUUUCUUAUUUAUGAAUAUAUAUGGCACUCGUGUUAUUUUGUGAUAUGCUGCUGUUCACAGAUAAAAGUUCAGCUUUCUGAUGCUUCGGUGAAUCUCACAAAAAAUGUUUAGUCACACAUUUCACCCCAAAGAGUAAUAAGUAAAUAAAUAAAUGUCCCAACA